UAUAUACUUUCUUUUUCAGAAAGAAAAUUCUCAAUUUUGUGGUAUCAAAAUGAACCACUCCCCCAAGUUCAAAAUCCGAUCACAAUAUCUUCAAUGGACGCGCCGUUUUCGGGCCCAAACAGCCAAAACGACGACGUUUUCUUCGACGCGCUUCCUCACUGCCCCUUCGACCAUUGCUCCGGCGCCGCCGAUAACUCGCCGGAAUCUUCCGCCUCCGCUUCCAUUCUCUCCGGCCCCAACCCACCUUCUCCAUCUCCGGUGACCUCAAUCCGCCGCCGUUCAAACCGCCGUCGUUCACCGGUGAGGGAACCCACGAACACUGAUUCUGACGGCAAUUCGACCACUGGCGCCGGAACGAACCUUCGAAUCAAUCAAAAUCUCGGAACUUCGAAGGAAAACGAGAAUUCUCCCGAGAAAUGCGAUUCAAAUCAAGAGAAUCACCGUCCCUCUUCACCUCCAAGCGUUGGCACCGAAGAGGGGAAUGUCAAAGGGAACGAGGAAUCGACGUUAACCACCGCCGAUAACGACGACGGUGCCGCCGAUUCCGCUGACUCAGCGGCGGUAGUCAGUAGUUCCCCUUUGAAUUCUCUUGAUUAUGUAACGGGGUUGUUGAUUAGGGCAAUUGUGUUUCAAAUCAAUUGUUUCGUUGUUUUGGUGAAGUGGCCAAUUUGGUUUAUGUUACACGCUUUCAUGUUUUUCGUGGACCCUUUUGGGACAAUUAUAAAAGGGAAGGGUUUUUUGUGGGAGAUUUUGGGUAGAGUGAGGUGUGGUGUUUGGGGGUGCAUUGGUCCUUCGGCUCAGGGAUGGUUGAGAGAGCACAAGUCAUUGUGGAAUGUUGCAUUUAGGUGUGGGUGGGGAUUGUUGUGGUCAAUCUUUGUUUGUUGCAUUUUGUUUUGUCUUUUGGUUUGUUCCCUUAUGGUGAGUGGGUUUUUGUUGAGGUGCUUGGUGGAGAAGCCAUUUCAGAUGAGGCAGGUUUUGAACUUUGAUUACACCAAGCAGAGUCCUGUUGCAUUUGUGCCUGUAAUGUCUUGUCAUGGUGUUGGGGUUGGGGGUGGGCAAGAUUCUGAGAAUGGCAUUGCUGUUAGAGAGUGGAUGGGUAGGAGAGCUAUACCUGCUAACCAAAAGGUGCAGGUCGCUGUUUCAUUGGUUGUGCCGGAGUCGGAAUAUAAUACAAAUCUUGGCGUCUUUCAGAUCAAGGUAGACUUCUUGUCUUAUGAUGGCAAAUCAAUUUGGAGUUCAAACCAACCUUGCAUGUUAAAAUUCAUAAGUGAGCCUAUCCGCCUAAUCAUGACAUUCCUCAAGCUUGCACCUCUUGUCACUGGUUAUAUAUCAGAAACCCAGACACUGAAUGUCAAGAUGAGAGGUUUUGUUGAAGGGGAUGUACCUACUUCAUGCUUAAAAGUAACCCUUGAGCAGCGAGCAGAAUAUCCACCUGGUGCGGGCAUUCCUCAAAUAUAUGAUUCAUCAGUAGUUAUUGAAUCAGAACUUCCCUUAUUCAAGAGGAUUAUAUGGAAUUGGAAGAUGAUCAUAUUUGUAUGGAUCACAAUGGUGACAUUCAUGAUGGAGUUACUAUUUGUUCUAGUGUGUUGUUUGCCUAUAAUUAUUCCAAGAAUCAGGCAAUGGAGUGGUUCUGCUCGUGGUACCUUAAAUAAUCUCCAGGCACCAAGUUGAGUCUAGUUCUUUUCCCUGGCUUCUUGACAAUAAUGGAAGAUUUUUUUUCGUCUAAUAAUAUAACCUAGCAUUUUCUGACACGUAUACCUAUCUUUAGUGAGGCAUCGUAACUUAAAUUACUUUUUUCCUUUCCAAAUCACUUGUGUACAUGUUUAAAUGUAAUGUAACAUGGCCAAAUCUGUCCA